AUGUGUCGCCGGGUUUUUGAGGUUUUUUAUGCAAUUUUCGCAGGUUUUUUUGGUUUCUGUUGUAGAUUUUGAGUUUUUCAAUUGAUUAGGAGAACUAAAAUCGAAAAAUUUGCGGAAAAAUGCGGGAUUUCGAUGGGUUUUUCGAGAAACUUCCUAAAAAUUGAUUUUCCGGCCAGCUGGCAGGUUUUACGACUGGAAAUUUGGAAUUUAACUAAAAGCCAUGGUCCAGAGCAUUUUUUUCCUGAUUUUCAUGAGCAUUCUAUUGAAAAAUCUCAUUUUUUUCGAAUUUCUACAAAAAAUGAUGACAAUUCAUUGCAGGUAUGCCAUCUCCAGAUGAUUUUCAUAUGGAAGAUGCGGAAAUGGAAAAUAGUUUACCCGACCAAAAAAUAGCUGCAUCAGUGAGUUCAAAACCCCUUUUUUCUAAUGAAAACCAAAAAAAAAAUUUCAGCCAAUCCCAAACAAACAGGAACUAACAACAUUGAUAACCAAAGUUGAGCAGGCGCCUUUAAUCGAAGAUGCCACGUGGUUUAUUGUGAGCUCGAAAUGGUGGAAUGCGUUUAUUCAGGCGGUUCACAAUGGUUUUAUUGAUGAUAUCGGACAUAUUUGCAAUGAGAAAAUAUCACAGAUGUGUAAGGCUAAACACGAUAUUCUAAAAAUUAACUUCUACCAAGGGAAGGAGUCAUAGAAUAAACAUAUUUUCUAUUUUUGACACCUCUCAAGAUCCAAUUAUCCCAACAUAGUUAUGACGUGGCAAAAUUUCCUUCGUAGAAAAUAUUUUUUUGAAUUUUUCACAGUGUUGUGAAAAAUUCAAAAUGAAAAAUAGAAGGGCAUUUUGCCACGUCAUAACUAUGUUGGAAUAAUUAUAUCUUGAAAGGUGCUGAAAUUAGAAGCUAAUUUUUAUAUCAUCGUGAUCAGCGUGUGAGAUUUUUAAUAAAACAUAUAGAAAUAGUAUUUUUUGACACGCUAAUCACAAUUCCGUUGUCAAAAAUUGCCAAACUCAAUUUCUAACAUGAGUUAUGACGUGGCAAAUUUCGAGAAUUGCGACUUUGGGAGGCUAAAUGAUAAUGGGCCUAUAAUAUUUUGUAAUAAAAAACAUAUUUUUCCUAUGUUUAUUAUUUUUUGAGUAGAGACAAUGUGAAAUUGAGAGAGUGCAGACAGAAAAAUUAGUUUUUUUGUGCUAAAAAUCAAUUUCACAAUUUCACUCUACUCAAAAAUAAUAAACAUAGGAAAAAUAUAUAUUUUUAUUACAAAAUAUUAUUCUGCAUAGGCCCGUUAUCUUCUGACCUCCUGAAGUCGCAAUUUUCGAAAUUUGUCACGUCAUAACUCAUGUUAGAAAUUGAACUUUGAAAUUUUAGACAACGGAAUCGUUAUCAGGGUGUCAAAAAUUGCUAGAAAAAAUAAAAGUUUAAUUAAAAAAAUAAGCUUUUUCCAGCCCAAAAAGGCGUCUACUUCCUCAAACAUCAUCUGUCCGAAGGUGCCGAUUAUCAAGUGAUACCAGAGGAGGUUUUCGUCAGACUUCGCGAUAUUUUUGGAUUGGAUAAUGAUGCGAGAGACUAUAUUCCACGUCAGGUUGUCAGGAAGGACGGGAAUUUGGUGGGUGAGAUUUAUCCGCGAGUUGUGCACGUUUGGUCGGCGAGUCUGAAUAAGAACUAUUAG